AUGCCUUAUCCUCUACAUACAAGUAACCAAACUCUGUUUUCAUUCCUUUAUUAACGAAAAGUUUCGGUAUCACUGAAAAAAAGAACAGAAAUCCAAAUAUAUUAAUAAAAUAUUUUUUGUCCUCUUUCAUGCUUUUCUUGCAAAUAAAUCGGUCUAUUCACAUGGCCGGCUGAUAAAUGAGAAACGAAUUUGGGAAAUAAAUCACAAACUGCCACUUGUUAGAGAUACUCUCUCAAUCAUGUUGACUGAGGUAUGAUAAACCAGUAUCCUCGUCUCAUAUAUAUGACAUUUACUUUUCAAUCUCAUUCCAUUCUUACUCAUAUAUGUUACUAUAUAACUUUGUAAUGAAAUCAUUUGUUACCUUUUUUGAGACCAUAAGAGUUUAAAUUCAUUGAGUCUAUCACAAAUAGUGAGCACAAACGAUUCUUCCUUUAAUAAUCAAAUUAAUAAAAUAACAUCAAAUCCGUUUAGUAUGUUAUAACCGGCGUCAUCGUAUUAAAUUAAUCUUAAUUGUAAAUAUUGUUAAAAACUAUUGAAAAGGGAAAAUUCUAAAAAAGAUUAUUGAGAUCCACAGGCAUCAGAAAACCUUCAGAAGAACUGAUAUCAUCUCUCUACCAAAAUAUAUAAUUUACAUAUUAUAUACAAAUGGUUUUGUUCUCUACUGUUUUUCUUUAAAGUGGAUUCAUGAAUCUUUCUACACAAAACGAGUGUUGAUCUUAGAGAGAACCGUCUUCUGCAGAAACUGUUGGUCAUUGAUCGUCUUUAUAUGCGUUAAUGGAACGCACGUUCUCUCUCUCUUAAAAACAUUUAAAUUAAUCAAAACUCAACAAGUAGUAGUAGUCUUUCACUCGUUCUACAUCUCCUAACGUGAGCUGUUUAAUUAAUCUCUCUCUUCUCCCUCUCCAUCUCUUUUGUUCUUUCACGUGAAGUCAAACUCAAUAAACUCUGUUACAGCCCAUGAAUGAUCUCCUUCUCUCUCCCUGCCCUUGUCUGAACAUGAAGAAGUCUGCUCAACAUCUCAUCCUCUGAUUCGUUUCCCAUUACCCUAAACAAGCAGAAGAAGAAGCUUCUGCUUUCAACAUUACACACAUGGAGUUCAAAAGAGACAAUACUGUCAGAUUCUAUGGAGACGAGAAGCAAACCCUAGAAGUAACAGAGAAGCGUCUACCAUUACCAAUGUUCAAAUCAUCAGCAGCUCCAUUUCAAAAACAAGAGUUAGGAAUCUCGAAGAAGAGUAUCUUCAAGAUCCCUAGGUUCGGUAGAUUCAAAGUCUUCCCGGAGAAUUUCGAGAUCGAGAGAGACAAGAUUCUAGAUCCUGGUGGUGACGUGGUGCUUCAAUGGAACAGAGUUUUCCUCUUUUGGUGUCUCGUCGCUCUUUACGUAGACCCUUUGUUCUUCUUCCUGUAUUCAGUCAAACGCACUGGACGAUCCUCUUGUAUGACCACGGAUUUGAAUCUUGGAAUCGUCGUUACUUUCUUCAGAACGCUAGCGGAUCUCUUCUACGUCUUGCACAUUGUCAUCAAGUUCAGAACGGCUUACGUGUCUCGCACUUCGAGAGUGUUUGGUCGUGGAGAACUUGUGAAAGAUCCUAAGUUGAUUGCUAGAAGAUACUUGAGAUCAGACUUCAUCGUUGACCUCAUCGCUUGUUUGCCUCUUCCUCAGAUUGUUAGUUGGUUUAUUUUGCCAUCAAUUAGAAGCUCUCACUCAGAUCAUACAACAAAUGCACUUGUCCUCAUUGUUCUUGUUCAAUACAUUCCUAGGCUUUAUCUCAUUUUCCCUCUAAGCGCUGAGAUUAUCAAAGCUACCGGAGUAGUCACAACCACAGCUUGGGCCGGUGCUGCUUACAAUCUUCUUCAGUAUAUGCUUGCUAGUCAUAUUCUAGGAGCGGCGUGGUAUCUACUGUCGAUACAACGGCAAGCUACAUGUUGGAAAGCAGAAUGUCAUAAAGAAUUUGCGCCUCUAGAAUGUGUUACAGAUUUUUUUGACUGUGGUACAUUGCACCGACCAGACCGGAAUAACUGGCAGAACAUAACAGUGGUCUUCAGCAACUGUGAUCCUUCGAAUGAUAUCAAAUUCACUUUCGGGAUCUUCGCGGAUGCUCUCACCAAGAACGUGGUUUCUUCGCCGUUCUUGGAGAAGUAUUUGUAUUGCUUAUGGUUUGGAUUACAGAAUCUAAGUUCUUACGGACAGAAUCUUGAUACAAGCACCUCUGUUCUUGAGACCAUGUUUGCUAUCCUCGUGGCUAUCUUUGGUCUUGUUUUGUUUGCUCUUUUAAUCGGAAACAUGCAGACGUAUUUGCAAUCGAUCACUGUGAGGCUUGAGGAGUGGAGACUGAAGAGAAGAGACACAGAAGAAUGGAUGGGACAUCGUCAACUACCUCAGGAUCUUAGAGAACGAGUGAGACGUUUCGUUCAGUAUAAAUGGUUAGCUACUCGAGGAGUUGAUGAAGAAACCAUUCUUCAUUCAUUACCAGCAGAUCUUCGAAGAGACAUCCAACGACAUCUCUGUCUUGACCUUGUUCGUCGUGUACCGCUGUUUGCGCAAAUGGAUGAUCAGUUACUAGACGCGAUAUGUGAACGGUUAGUGUCAUCUCUAAGCACACAAGGGAACUACAUUGUACGCGAAGGUGAUCCGGUGACGGAAAUGCUCUUCAUCAUCCGUGGAAAGCUCGAUAGCUCGACGACUAACGGAGGCAGAACCGGUUUCUUCAACUCAAUCACACUCAAACCAGGAGAGUUCUGUGGAGAAGAGCUUCUUGCAUGGGCACUGCUUCCAAAAUCAAAAGUAAACUUACCAUCAUCUACAAGAACGGUGCGAGCUUUAGAAGAAGUUGAAGCCUUUGCUUUACAAGCAGAGGAUCUCAAGUUUGUUGCUAACCAGUUCAGGCGUUUACAUAGCAAGAAGCUGCAACACACGUUCCGUUACUACUCUCACCAGUGGAGAACGUGGGCUGCUUGUUUCGUACAAGUGGCUUGGAGACGGUAUAAGAGAAGAAUGGUGGCUAAGAGUCUUAGCUUGGCUGAGUCAUUCUCAUCUUAUGAAGAAGAAGAAGCUGUUGCGGUUGCAGCUGAGGAGAUAAUGAGCCAACAAGGAGAGAGACAGAGCAGUAAUCCAUCGCGUCAUUCUACUUCUAUUGGGAAACCACAUUUUGCUGCAACGAUACUUGCUUCGAGGUUUGCUAAGAACACGAGGAAGACGGCUCAUAAGUUGAAAGACGUUGAGGUACCUAUGCUUCCUAAACCGGAUGAACCUGAUUUCUCUGUGGAUGGAGAUUAACCCGUUUUGAUAUUAAUCAAAAUCUAUUUAAAGUUAGAAAACCAUUUUGUUAAAAAUCAAAACUUUGCUGCUUAAAGUUAAUUUCAAAAAUGGGUAGCAGUUUGUAUAAAUACAUACUACACAUCUGACUUUUUUAUAUUCAGAUUCGAGAUUGUUUUUAUCAAUUUUUGUAUGAAUUAUAUUCGGAUCAAACAAAAUUGUUAUAAGGAUCUGCAUACAUUAAGUUUAUAUCGAACUAAUAAAUGAAAAACAAACUACCAAUAAAAAUAAAGAAAGCUAAAAAACAACCUAUUUAGAGCUGAUUCUUUCAUUAAGACAGUAAAAACUCCAUAAAAGAAUAGUAGUAUUAAAACUAUAAUACCCCAUCUGUUCCAAAAAGAUGUAUAUUUUAGAAUUUUCACACUUAUUAAAAAAAUAUAUUAAAUUUAGUUACCAAUGUAAUAUUUUCAUAAUUAAUUAUUCUCUAUGACUUUUAACCAAUACAAUUUUAAUAUAUACUAUUAUAUUUUUAAAAUUUUACAAUUUAUCAUUAAUUAAUGCUUUAAAAAAAAUAUAUAAAUUUUUUUAAUGAAAAUUUAUUCUACAAUAUGUUUUUUGGAAUGGAGGAAGUAUUUUAUAAAUUAAAUUAAUCAUAAAAUUUCAUAUAUUAACAUGUUUUUAUGUGAAGUAAGAAUAAUAAUUGUUUUUACUGUUAAUAUGUUAAAUACAUUUUAUAAGCUUGUUUUUUCAUAUUAUUCUUAUAAAAUUAGUUAGAAUAAAAAGUAUAUGCAUCGUACAUAUGUGUUAAAGGCAAUUAUGAAUGGAUUCCGUUGUGCCGAUGGGUCAAGUGUAACUACGAUGUAUCUCACCAUAGAGGCUCCCAACCCUCAGGUAUGGGUCGGAUUAUUCGAAACCAUUUAGGCAAUGUACAUGAAUGUGGUAUGGAUAAAUUUGAAGGACGUCACACAGUGGAAGAAGGAGAAUCAACGGCAUUGAUUUGGGCUGUGCAAGCUACAUUUUCCUUGGGUUACAAGAAAGUUAUUUUUGAAGGAGAAAAUAUCCAUGUGAAUAAAUGCAUCAAGGGUCAAGCUUUCAACUUACGCCUUCCUCAAUUUAUUCAUACCAUCGCAGCUUGGAAGAAUCAUUUUGAAACAACUCAAUUUGUUUAUAGGAAUCAAGCCUCAAACUCAUGUGCUGAUCUAUUAGCUAGGAAAUCAAUUAAUUCUGAAAAUCUAUGAGU